AUGCGUCGAGGCGCCACGUCCGCGGCGCACCGCCCCUCCUUUGACGGUGCGCUGGCGUCGGCGGCGGUCGAGUCGGCCGUGAUGGACCCACCCCGGGGCCAAGAUCCAGAGCUGGAAGGUACAGCGGAGAGCGCGCAGCAGGGGCGGGUGCUGGAGCUGCUCGCGUCCCGUCCGCGUCCCUCAGCGCGCCCCUCCGCAAGUGAGCCCGUCCGCCGCUUCGAACGCGGCCUGUCUCUUCCUCUUCGAGGCGUCCCGCAGCCCCCCUCGCCGGAGUUUUCGUGGGCCCCUGCCCGUGUGGGCUCCAACCGCCCUGCUGCUGUGCCUCGUCAGGAGCAUGGGCGUUCACCACCGCGUCAGCCGCCGCGGCAGCGUUCUCCCCGUCGGCGCUCCCUGAGCAUCAGGAAUCGCGGCAGCAGUCUCCUCGCCGCCGAUCUCCUGAGCGUCGUGGUGACCACCGGGACGGCGCUGGCGGUCGUCUGUCCCCCGCGGGCCAUCGGUCUCCUCUCCAUCAAUCCCCUCGUGGUCGGGCAGGCCAGCGCUCACCCCGAGCGCGAUCCCCCGCAACGGUCUCCGCGGCGAUCUCCGGCGACGCGGGGGAGGGGGUCGCCUGGGCGUCGAUGGGAUUCGGGUCGCCGCGAGCAGUCCCCUCCUCGUCCGCGCUCGGCUGGGUCUGGCGGCCGUCGUGGCCGGCGGAAUGGAGGUGGGCGCGGCGGUAAUGGGCGCGGGCAGGAUCCAGCCCUUGAUCAAGCCGCGGAUGUGUUCGCGGAAGUGGUGCGACAGGCGCGGGCAAGUGGGGAGGAGACGCACGUACACAUCGCGGUGACCAACGGCCCUCCCCUCGAACCGAGUCCUGGCCAGGCGGCUCCUCUGCGCGCGCCGACGCUGCGCGACUAUCUGCCCGCGCGGGAGGGGAGGGCUCCAUUCCGCACCCCCCGUCCGGUCCAGGGCUUCUCCGUGCCGCGCUUCUCUGUUGGCCGGACUCCUGGCUGGCCGACGGUGUUUCCGCGCGAAGCACCGACUGCACCUCCUCCCAUUCCCGCGGGGAGAGACCCCAUGCUGACCAUGUGUCGUCUCCUGAAUUUGGUGGAGGCGUGCGAGGUGGUGGCGAAUCUGCAGCUGGCGGUGUGUGGGGCCACGCGGAGCUUUCCGAGCAGUUACGGUCCAGGAUCCCGAGGAUCCUGCGUGUCUUUGGCAGAAUCGCUCGAGUCGCCGUUGGCACCCGUGUCGGAAGCGCCCGCCGGGGUAGCGCCCUUAGCCCGUACUUUCCCCCGCCACGUGGGGGAUCUUGUAGGGGUUGCUCGAGUCGGGACUCCGGUGGACACUCUUCAGUCGUCGGCGCACCUCCUGCUGUCGAUGUCGGCGUGCAUGCGUUCCAUGCUUGAGGUAGAGGGGGCGGAGCCGUACGCGAUGUAG